AUGGCUACCUCGACCAAAAUCCAACUCACGGCCAACGAGAAGCCGGCGUUUUUCGUCGCGCCGCUGAGGAAGGACUCGGCCGAGAAGGCGUCGGAGCUGCUGCAAGAAAACCAUACAAAGCAUCAUAUAUACUUCAACAGUGAAGGAUUUCACAACCACAUCGUCCACCACCUCCUCACCCUCUACGCCCUCGGCGCCCCGCCCUCCUCCAUCCAAGCCGCGUACGACGCCAACCGGACCUACCAGCGGCCGCCGGUGGCGGUCCACCCGCGCGUCGCGGCGGACCUCAGCAGCCGCUCGACCUUCGCCGCGCACCUGGGCGACGAGGCCUACUACGGCGACUACCUCGCGCACUUCUCGGCCGAGCUCGAGGCCAAGGGCGUGCGGGCGGUGCUGAGCGAGUACCUCUUCGCGCGCGACGAGCGCGCCGACGACCUGCUCGUGCGCACCUUCGCGGGCUUCCUGCACCCGCUGAUCCACGUGGGCUUCGGCGUCGAGUUCGCGCAGCCCGCCGUCGUCGCCGAGGGCCUCGCGCAGGCGGCGACGCACGAUGCCUGGAUCGGCAAGUUCUUGCUCGGCGCGGAGGAGGUGGCUGAGGAGAGGAAGGAGAGCGGGGAGGCGGAUUACGGCGUCAGGCUCGUGCAGCUGCUCGAGGAGAUUAGGGGUAACGAGAAGACGGCGGGUGCGGCGCGGUGGGAAGAUCCGAACAGGCUGCGUGAUGGGGUGAUCAAGAGGGCCGGCAAGGAGAUGUGCGAGAUCGCGGCGAAGUGGGUCGUCAACGGGGACGGGGCGGAGCGGGAGCGGGAGCUGGAGCGCAAGACGGCGGAGAUGAUUGAUGCAUCUGUGUUCUUCACCGCUGCCGCUCAGCGGCCCCCGCAUACGCACAAGAUGGACUUUUUCUACAUGCACUCGACCAAUUCCUCCGUGUUCUUCACCUCCUUCCUCACUUCGCCGCUCUUCCCGGCCGACGCCCGCGCGCGCCUUCUCGAAUGGAAGGGCCGCUUCGACCUUGGCAACUACGCCUCCCGCGGCGCGCCCAAGCUCCUGCCUGCCGAGCUCGUCGACUACCGCUUGCCCAGCUACGCAAAUGGCGGCUGGCAGCAGCUCAUCGACCACGUAAACGGCCUCACCGACGACGACGGGCACGUGUCCAAGAUGUUGCGGGCUGUGGCCAACGGCGCGCAGGCAUGCGACGCGCUGUCGCAGGAGGAGAGGAGGGGGUUUGCUGUCAAUGGACAGGAGGUCUGGCGGAGGGCCGCUGCCAUGGGCCUGGACGGCACGCAGGCGGGCGGCCCGGCGUGGGUCAGGAGCUGCGGGUUUGAGCAGGCUUGGGCGGAGGUGCCGGUUAGGGCGGGUGCGGACGACAGCACGAGGUCGCAGCUGUGA